AUGUUAGAGGAGAAAUUAGCACAUUUCCCUGAGCCCGUCAUCAUUAGUAAAGUCACAAAGCCCAAUCCGAUUUUAGGCCUAACAUCUUCAAGAAAAAGGCAAGACUUGAAGAGAAAGGCACAAUCCAUGGAGAAAUCCCGUCUUGACGAGUGCUAUCUCGGAUUCAACAAUUGGCGCCCACCGUGGGGCUGGAAACGCUUCUCGCUAUUCAUCUCGAAGAUAUCUAGAUUUUCACGAACUAGCAACGAUGGGAACUCGAAAGAGAACACUCCCACCGGGAGCCCGUCUCCCUCAGAAGAAAACUUAAGCGACAGUCUACCACGCACGAUAGACAAGUCGCUACCCGCUGAAGGUAGGGACAAGCCUGCUCCCUACAAGAACCAUCUUCUCGCCACAGAGAGUCUCGCCCGUCUCGCCGCGAAGAUCUACUUCGCCGCAACGAUCCCCUCCGCCAAGAAAGGACGAGAGCCCCCCUCCGUCCGCACCACGCCGCUCGAGAAAAUCUUCCUCGAGCGACAAACCCCGCAGCUCGAAGAAAUCCUCCUCGAGCGAGAAGAUCCUCAAACUCAUGGAGAAUCUCGUCAAGCCACUCGCCGACGGUUUCGAGCGACUUACCACCAAGAACUCGAACGGGUGAAUCGUCGCCUCGACGAGGUCGAUUCGAAAGUUCAUCGCGCCACCAGCUCAGCUCCGGAAUUGACGAAAGCACUCGCCGACACCCGAAGAAGCCCGCUCACCCGCAGGCUCCGCCAGAUUGAGCUACACGAAAGAGUUCGACUCAAAAUCGACUCUUACACCGGCGAAGAAGACCCCAAGAAGUGGCUAACCGCGUUCAACCUCGCCAUGAGGAGGGAGAAAUACAAAUCUUACGAUGAAAGGGAGGCCAACUACUGUCAAGUAUUCGUCGAGCACAUGGCGAAAGAUGCCUUGACCUGGUUCUCUAACCUCCCCGCCGAGUCGAUCGAUAACUUCGACGACCUAACCAAUGCUUUUCUGAAGCAUUACUCCAUGCACAUGACCCGAAUCACUCGGAACAUGUUCACCACAACGCAAACCCAAGGCGAACCAUUGCGCAGCUUUAUGGAAAGGUUCAAACAAGCAGCUCGCGAUACUGGCGACAUGCCCGAUAGCGUCCCGCUGGAAGCACUCCGCAACGGCCUCUGGUACGACUCCAAGUUCAAGGAGGAUUUGUCACUAAAACCCCCUGCGACUCUGGAGGACGCGUUCCACCGCUCUCGGAACUACAUCUUCCUCGAGGAAGACCAGCGCUUCUACGCCGAGAAACAUGGAGAUAGGAGGGCAACCUCGUCGAAACCCAGAGAGGAACCCAUGGAGGCGCGAAGAAGACACGAUCCGAAGAGGUCUCUCCUCACAGCGUUCGCAGCAGCCGACGACGAGUUCGAGCAAGAACACGCAGCGGCCGUUUCGAUGCCACAAGACAUCAACUCGCUCGGAGAUGACAACGAUACCAAAGCUUUCUGCAAGUUCCACGGGAACUGGCCACGCCACUGA